CGUCUCCCAUCAGGGAAACUGGCUCAAAGAGUUGCUAAGAAGUGCCCUGGACCUCCAGAGAGCUCGAGACUUGCCUUCUUUCUUGAAAAUGCCUUAGCCAGAGAGGCUAGGAUUUGGAAAGUGCCAGUUUUCCAGAAUCUCACCCUGAAGGGCACAGAUAUCUCUCCGUCGUGUUACAAGAAAGCGGUUCUCUGGAUUGCAGAAAUAAGCGCUCAGUUCCAGUUCUACCCUGAAACAUUUGCCUUGGCUACCGGCAUCUUUAACCGGUUAUUGGCGUCAGUAAAGGCCCAAUUGAAAUAUCUUCAGUGCAUAGCAAUUUCCUGCCUUGUCCUUGCGGCAAAAACCAAUGAAGAAGAUGAGGUAAUACCAUCGGUGAAGAUGCUCGCAGUGCAGAGUGGUUGUAAACGCUCACCAGCUGAGAUCUUGAGAAUGGAAAGAAUUAUACUAGAUAAGCUUCACUGGGAUCUUUACACAGCAACACCAAUGGAUUUCUUAAACAUUUUCCAUGUCAUGGUGAUGUCCAACUGGCCCCAUCUACUACAUGAGCUGCCUCAGACGAAUCCUUCCCGCCACGUCGCGCUCUUGACCAAACAGCUACAGCACUGUAUGGCAUGCCACCAACUACUGCAGUUUAAGGGCUCCACGUUGGCUUUGGUGAUCAUCACCUUAGAGCUGGAGAGGUUGACUCCCGAUUGGUUUCCUGUUAUUACUGAUCUGCUAAAAAAAGCACAG